CGACACUCGUAAGCCCAAGCCGAACGAUAACCUUACCUGAAUGCCAUAGGGCAAAACAUCAGUCGCAUUUUGGAGCCUAUGUCUAGACGGGAUGGUGUUAUUUUUGCAUUUGCUAUCGGGUUGUAGUGGUUCAGCCAGGACUGGUCCUAAAGCUUGGUAUAUCGGAUAGCGGGGUAACUUACCAAGACCAUGUACCUCGAUAAAGUUUGAUACAGCAGCAAUACGUCCGCUGCACCCCAAUGGCUAGCUUUCGGGGCCGAAAAGCCGGAGAUCAACGAAGCUUCUAUCACACGGCUUGCAUACUACUGGAUGCACACUAGAGUCGGCCAGCAUAAAGUAAGCAAAUCCAUCUAUCUACCAAGGUAUUACAACUACGCGUCCGCACCAAAACCCAACAUUAUCUCCUGCGAUAAACUACGUUGGUGAAGUUAUUUUCUGGGUAUUUUAAUCAGCACCUCACAAUCGGUAUAGCACAUUGCUUUCUACGCAACCGGUCGGCGCCAUAUCAAGACAACUCCAAGAUGAAAGCAGUUGGUAUAAAAAAUGGCCGCGGCAACGCCGAUGCUUUCUUCAUCGACGACAAUGUCCCCGAUCCAAUUGUCUCUUCGGGUCGCAUCUUAGUUGCCAUCAAAGCCUUUGGCCUAAAUCGUAUGGACAUAAUGCAGCGCGAGGAUAAGUACCCAUAUCCCCUCCUACCAGAGUCGGGAAAGAUUUUGGGGGUAGAGUUCAGUGGGUUAGUUGAGGAGGUGGGACCGGACUGUACUUCGAAUUUCAAGGUCGGGGACAAGGUGUUUGGGCUGGCUUAUGGGGGAGCUUAUGCACAGAAGAUCUCUGUUUCUGAAAAGAUGAUCAUGCACAUCCCAGACACAAUGAGCUUUGAGACAGCAGCAGGGAUUCCAGAAACGUACUUCACUGCCAUCCAAGCCAUUCAUCUCGUCGGCGGGUUAGAGCCCGGCCAAACCGUCCUCAUCCACGCUGGCGCCUCAGGGGUAGGUCAAGCAGCCAUCCAGGUUGCCAAACUGGGCGGCGCCUCUAAGGUUAUUGUCACGGCCGGUACCGACGCAAAGUGCGACCUCUGCCGCUCCCUCGGGGCCGACGUGGCUGUCAAUUACCGCACGGAAAAAUUUGCCGACGUCGUGGAGCGCGAGACGGCCGGCGCGGGUAUCAACCUCAUUAUCGACCUCGUCGGGCAGAACUACUGGCAUGCCAAUACAGCCUCCGCUGCCAAGGAGGGCAAAAUCGUGCUGGUUGCUGCUAUGAGCGGGAGCAUCAUCGAAGCUUUCGAUCUACGCGCGCUAUUGAACAAGAGGCUGUGGGUUCUGGCCACGACGCUGCGGACGAGGGACUCUACGUAUCAGGGAAAGCUGCGGGAUAAGUUUGUCGAGGUUGCUUUAGAUAAUCUAAGGUUGGGGCGUAUGAGGAUUACGGUUGAUAAAGUGUUCCCCUGGAGCGAAAUUGCAGAGGCGCACAAAAGGAUGGAGGCAAAUACCAAUGCGGGGAAGUUGAUUUGCGUUGUGGAGUAGUUGGCAUGGUGAGAUUUGCAGUUUUUCUAGAAUAUAAGACACCCUGGUUUUUGUACUGAACUGCAGAAU